UGACUUGCUCUUUUCUUGUAGAAAAAACAAGCGAUUAAAAAAUCCUUAUUAAAAAAAAAAACGAAAGAAAACGAUAUUGAUAAAAAUUGAUUUCGCGCUUAGUAGGAAGAGUUAACGAAAUUAAAUAUCAGCUUCUGUAACUGUGGUGUUAAAUAUUGCAUACGAUUUUUUAACGACUUCAAAUCCCAAAUAUUCGUAUUCUAUCCAGGAGCAUGGCUGCUAGUUGCGUAGUUGCAGAUAAAUCAACUGCUGAGAAGAAACAUAAAAAUUCUGAUUAUGGCAACACUUUCCUCAACGGUUUAAAUAAAAUGCGUUUCGCUCAAAAGCACUGCGAUUUUGUAUUGGAGGUAGGUCGCGAACGUAUUAAGGUUCAUAAGGUAGCGCUAGAGAUUGCUUCACCUUACUUUGCAGGCAUGUUUGGAAAGAAAAGAGAGGGAAAGGUCAAAUUGAAAGAUGUGAGCAUAAAUGCGGUUAAAACACUUGUUGAGUACGUUUACACUGGGACCAUCACAUUCACGGAAGAUGAUGUUGAAGGAUUGCUCAUAACAUCGGAUUUAUUUCAAAUCGAUUGGGUAAAGAAGGAAUGCGAGAAAUUCCUCGAAAGCACUAUGAACUCGUCGAAUUGUUUUCGAAUAUGGAGCUAUUCUGAUAUGCCUUCUUGUAAGUCGCUACGCGAUGUUGCUCAUAAAUAUAUUUUGGGGCAUUUCGAUGAUUUAUUUGAAAGGGAGGAGUUAUUAUUGCUGGCAUUUGAAGAGAUCAAGGAACUCAUCUCUCGCCCACCAUUUUUAAGAAAUAAUGUUUCUACCGAACCAUUGCUUAAAGAAGACCCAAAAUACGAUAAACUUUUAUUGGACGCCGCCAUUUAUCAAUUAACGCCAGUAAAUGAACAGAUAUGCGUUCCAGGCAGAGUUCGAACCAAAAAAGUAACUGAAUGUUAUAAUGAAAACUUUCAUGUGUUUCUCCUUGGCGGCGCAGAUACGAAUAAUGGCUAUUUUUAUGUACACAAUCGGUGCAAAGUGUACGAUUUUUACCGAAGAAAGCUUGUUUCUAUAGCAAAUAUGAAUAGUCGUACGUGUAAAAAUUCGGCAAUCGCCUUAAAUGGCACGGUUUAUUCGAUGGGUGGAAUGUGUAGUGGUAGUAGUUUAAAGACAGCAGAACGCUAUGAUCCGAUUAAUAAGCGAUGGGAUUACAUCGCUCCGAUGGCAGAGGCACGAAGUAGAUUCCCGAUUUGUACUCACAAUGGUUUAAUAUACGUUAUUGGGGGAUUGACAGGUGGAACUGUCGAAAGAUAUUCUCCUGCAAUUGACAAAUGGGAGUCAUGUCAAAGCUUACCAUGUUCAAAUUAUUCACGUUUCUCGUCUGCCGCUGUGGUAGAUAACAACAUUUACAGUUUUGUCAGAAAUUCGUGGUUUUCCUUUGAUCCGAGAGAAGGAUGUUGGCGUACGCUGAAAUUAAUGAACAAUGAAACAUGCUUUAGGGUCGUCUCCUAUGAUCAUACAUUGUUUUGCAUAGGGGACGGCGAAAACAAAUAUUUGGACGUAAGAGUAAAUAGAUGGGAAUCAAUGCCACCGAAAACCAAGAUUGCACCAACUUCAGCGGUGGUAGCUGCGGAUAACAUUUACCUAUUCGGCGGUAUCGAAGCAACCAGACCUUUCAAGUUUGAUUGUAGUGUGGAACGUUAUAAUAUUCGCAACAAAGAAUGGACAAUCGUCGAUUCAACGGAAAUUGUACACCAUUCGGAGGGAAUUGUAACAUAUAAUGGUUAA